CCUCAAAGCAGCUGGUGGUUUGCCUCUGGGCUGACAGCAACAGCCGUGUGUCGUAUAUGAACGCAAUCUGACUGUGUGUGAACUUACUCUGUGUUUGGCCUUCCUGCAGCUCACAGCAGCUCCUUUUAAACUGUUUAUUUCACACUUCACCAGCAUGUGACACCACAGCGGGACUUCAUAUUAUCAAAACUUUAUCUGCAACUGGUGAUUGUGGAGGAAGAGGGCGGAAAGACUUGCCACACAUCUGACUCCAUGUGCUACCUCUUAAUGAUGUGACACUCAUGGCUGGACUGAGACUGAGACUGAGACUGAGCACUGAGCAUCUUCCCUGCUCCGUGGUGGACGGACUGUGUUCACUAUCCUCUGGAUCAUCGGGUUGAUCAUGUGAUCACAGUGAGCGCAGUUGAACCAAAGUCAGACACAGGUUUAUUGGAGUCAUCCAUCAUUCUGGGAAUGAUGUGAGCUCAUGAGUAAAACUGAACGACCCCGGCCUGUGUAGGUAGAUCUGCUGCUCUUUGCUUUUAUUUUUCAGUGCCAGUAUUCGUAGAUAAUGACAUUACCACAGUGAACUUGACACCAGGAGAAAACUCUAUGCUCGGCUCGUAAUCUUUGUCGAUGAUGUGGUAAAUCUAGUGAUACUGAGACUGUUUGACGUUGCGAUGGCGGUUGCCUCCCCUCCAGAGAAGGAUCAGCCCCUCCUCCAGCUCCAUGAGGUGGACUCCAGUCGAGUUGGCAGUCACGUCCUCACCUCCUCUUCUCCUGCCUUGUCCAUGGAAACCAGCCAGCCCAUCUGCAUCCCCUCCCCUUACACCGACCUCGGCCACGAGUUCACCACCAUACCUUUCUACAGUCCGACUAUCUUCACCUAUUCCGGUCCGGGCAUUUCAGACUGCCCCUCUGUCCAUCAGUCACUAAACCCCUCUUUAUUCUGGCCCAGCCACGGCCACGUGGGGCCAUCCAUACCCCUGCACUCCUCUCAGGCUCGGCCUCAGCACGGGCAGCCGAUCCAGAGUCCAUGGAUGGAGCUGUCACAGCGGGACAGUGUCCUAGCAACCAGUAAGAAUGUGAGGAGGCGUUCUCAGGAGAGCGAGGAAGCCGUGGUGUCAUCCGGCGGGAAGGCGGACCUCCACUACUGUGCUGUGUGUCACGACUACGCCUCGGGCUACCACUACGGCGUCUGGUCGUGUGAGGGGUGUAAGGCCUUCUUCAAGAGGAGCAUCCAAGGACACAAUGACUACAUCUGCCCAGCAACCAAUCAGUGCACUAUAGACAAGAACCGCCGGAAGAGCUGCCAGGCAUGUCGCCUUCGCAAAUGCUGUGAAGUUGGCAUGACCAAGUGUGGUAUGCGAAAGGAGCGUGGGAACUACAGGAACCCCCAAGCGAGGCGAGUGACCCGUCUGUCCUCACAGGGCAGAGCCAACGGACCAAAGGCGUUAACCGGACCGGCGGAGGGUUCGUUAAACGCUCCCAACCUUCCUGCACUGACCCCAGAGCAGCUGAUUGGGCGGAUAAUGGAGGCGGAGCCGCCAGAGAUCUACCUCAUGAAUGACAUGAGGAGGCCGCUGACUGAAGCAAACGUCAUGAUGUCGCUCACCAACCUGGCUGAUAAGGAGCUGGUCCACAUGAUCAGCUGGGCCAAGAAGAUUCCAGGGUUCAUAGAGCUCGGCCUCUUGGAUCAGGUGCACCUGCUGGAGUGCUGCUGGCUGGAGGUGCUGAUGAUCGGACUGAUGUGGAGGUCAGUGGACCAUCCAGGGAAACUUAUCUUCUCCCCAGACCUCAGCCUGAGCAGAGAAGAGGGGAACUGUGUCCAGGGCUUCUCGGAGAUCUUUGAUAUGCUGAUAGCGGCCACGUCCAGGGUGAGAGAACUCAAGCUCCAGAGAGAGGAGUACGUCUGCCUCAAGGCCAUGAUCCUCCUUAACUCCAACAUGUGCCUCAGCUCGUCAGAGGGCAGCGAGGAGCUGCAGAGUCGCUCCAAGCUGCUGCGUCUUCUGGACGCUGUGACGGACGCUCUGGUGUGGGCCAUCGCCAAAACUGGCCUCACCUUCCGCCAACAGUACACCCGCCUCGCCCACCUGCUCAUGCUGCUCUCACACAUCCGCCAUGCCAGUAACAAAGGCAUGGACCACCUCCACGGCAUGAAAAUGAAGAACAUGGUGCCUUUGUAUGACCUGCUGCUGGAGAUGUUGGAUGCCCACAUCAUGCACGGCUCCCGUCUGCCCCAUCGGCCUCCCCAGCAGGAGCCCGGGGACCAGACGGAGGUUCCUGCUCGGCCGCACAGCUCCGGCAGCGGCCCCUCAAAUACCUGGACUCCCAGCAGCACUGGAGACGGAGGUGAACCACAGUAGUCAGAUGCAAUGAGCUUUCACCGCUUUUGCACAAAAAGUAGUUCACAAGACUGAUGAGACUGGAACAUUCUGCUGAACUCUCAUAUGCGAAACUCAAGCUUCGAGACCCUGUGUACUAACUCUGGUGAACUUGAUCUCAAGACAUCACUCAGCAGAAGACCAAACGUUCAGUAUUCAUUGCCUUAUCACCAGAUAUUAUUGAGAAGCCAGAUUGGAAACAAUUUGUUGUUGUAAUUUGGCUAGUAGCACCAGUUCUCGUUUAAAUGUUCAUGUAAUAGAGAGGUGAAGCCCCGCCCCUUCUGGUGGACCACCAUGUGACCGUAUUACGGGAAAAAUAUGAACGGAAGUCAACGGCGAGAGGCAAUUUUUUUUGAUCCCGUUUGAAUUGCACGAUGAUUCACACAUGAUGUAAGUGAUGUCUUUGUCUACAUCUUACAUCAGGUAUGAUAAUGUUUCAUUUGUUAGCUAGUGUUGGUGUGACGAGACGAGAGAUGUAGUUCACUGAGAGGUUUCACACAAAACUAAACGAUACUAUGACAAACUGAGACUUUCUUGACUUGCAAAAUUGUCUUUUAAAUUGAGAAACAUCAUAUGUGUGAUUCACGGUGCAAUUCAAACAGGAUCAAAAAAAAUAUUUAUCUCUCUCCGUUGUUGACUGCCGUUCAUGUUUUUUUUUCCGAAAUAAGGUCCCAUGGUGUUCCACCGAAAGGGGCGGGACUUGGCCUCUCUAUAUGUUACUGCCAUGAUUCUCUGGAGCUCAGCAGCUAAUUUCAUCUUGAAUCAUAUUCAUAUAUAUUCAUCGUCUGGAGAUCCAACAGGGAACGCUGUGUAAAUAAUGACUGAAAAGAUAACAACCACGCUAACAAAAAAAAGAUAUGUGCAACCCCUGUUGUAGCAAAGAUAGAUAUAGAUGGGCUUGGGCAAUAUGAUGAUAUAAACAGAGAAGAUUUUUUUUUUUUAUACAGCUUCUAUCGAGGUAGCUAAUUCUAUAAUAUCUCUGGGUAUGUAUUGGAUUUACAUUUUCUUCAUCGACAUGAAUAAAUGGAUUUGUCAGAUAUUUAAUUCACUGGACUAAACAAACAGAGUGCUACAGGAAUGAGUCCUAAAACCUGGAAAUGAGUUCACAUUUUCACUUAAGUUAGAAAUGACGUUCAAAACGGCUUUGAACUUAAGCACAGCUGGUGCAACCCGGUGCUGGCUUUCUCGUCAAAGACAAAUCAUAACCACUAUUGCUCUUAUGACAACAUUGCACUCCUACCUGUCAAGUUUUGCUUGAAGAAAAGGAAAAAAAUAUUUUUGUAUCUUGGAACUUGCUGCCGUAGCCAUCGUGUGUACACAGUCGUGAUGCAGCUUCGACAAUCAGGAUCACUGCAAGACAGGCGCAUAAUAUUAUGUAAAUAUGUAGAAAACCCCUCCACCUCCCCCCACCCCACCAUGAACUUCUGUACCAGUUCAGUCAUGUCUGUCUUGUGCUUUUCCUCUGGUCACACUUUUUUAUCACCAUACAUCAAAAACUGUAUUUUCACCUUGUACAUGUACUUAGAUUGUACUCUAUGUUCCCAGAAAAGAUUGUCAUAAUAUAUGAUUGGAUGGUUGAUUUCUUGUGAUCACUUUUAACAAUGAUGUAUAAACAGCGGGGGCUGACCCGAAUGCUUCAAAGCUUUGACCGUUGCCAUGGUAUUUGACCUUUUUAUAUAUAUAUAAGUAUGUAAUAAUAAAGUAUCAAUCCCAAAAUAGCCCAGGAAAUAAGGAAUAAUUCCACAACAUUCUUCAUUAUUCUCAGACGGAUAUCGCUGUUUGUUGUGUGUAGAGGUGCGUUCGUGCACAGUAGUGCGGCAGCGGCACUGAAACGGGGGAGAUGGAGACAGACAGACGAACAUGUCGGCCUGCUGUGCUGCCCUAAACCUUUGAACAUUUCUCACCGAAGCUCUGAAGCCCAAACAAUGGUAUUCGGGACAGCCCUAAUAAACAAGUAGAAAUCUGGGUGAAAGGACUUCUGGGUAUUCCGUCAAUUAUCAAAAAUUAUCUCAAGUGUGUUCAUCCACUAUGCAGUUAGUGGAUGAUCACUGUUUUUGUUGUAUGUUUAUACAUAUAUCAAUUCUCUCUGGUUUAUUAAAUAAAGCAAAAAUAUUGUACAGAUAA